AAACGGAUGCCGUCGAGGCUCUACCAAAGCUGCCUUUCAUCUGCAGAGCGAAUUCUCUGCAGAUGGCGCCUCGCAGGAGUCGCCGCCGCUCCGCAUCACGAGUGACGGCCAACCGGCAAGCACGGUGCUCUCAAUGUCGGUUCGAGUAGCUAGAGCCAUGUCGCGCUGACGACACUGGCGAUCGAGCCAGGAAACCACUGAUGACGUUGUACGAGCAGCUACAGCGUGUCCCACGGUCUCGUCGAGCGCACCGUGAUACAUGUUUGCGGAAGCUCCUCGCGGCGUUAGCGCGACGGCACGACGCCACACCGCCGCGACGGACGUGGAGCAGUUAUGGAAUACAUACCGAGAGGACAUUGAGCCGUAAACGCCUCCAACUGGUGAGGGCGAUGGGGGACGAAACUUCCGGAAGGUGCGGGUCGUUUCAAAUUGAUGUGCUUGCAACGCGUGCCUGGAUCGCGAAGGAUCUCGAAGGUGUCGGCGGCGAUGGAGUCCUUCGUAGCUGCUUUGCCAGUGCGCCGCACACGCUCCGAAAAUGUCACAUCGCCCCACGGUCAAGUGAAUCGUAUGGGAGAUGGGAAGCUCCGCCGAAAUGACCCAGUCAUGGGUCGUCGGUGGAACCAUGUCACCGACGAGGCCACCUUGCGACAGCGAUCUGCGAUCAAGCAUUUCCCAAACGUGCCUCUAUGUAGCGCCAAAAACACGCUGCGGUGCAUGUGCUAUUCCUCUUCCGCUGCGUGGGGUCGACCUCCUCGCCUUUGUCCCAAACAUUACACAGUACCAUGUCAACUGUUCUACGACACCACGACGUACAGUAACAAACGUAAAAAUGCGCGGCUUCACGCCACAUGGCACGCCAGCGCGACGAGGAGGUCCAGCGGCGCCAUCGCGGCGCAAGGAGGGAAGGUUGGUUGGGACUGCGGUUUGGGAAGGCGCCUCCGCUUUGCGCUGCGGAAUUCAGAGGACACCGCCAUUGAUUCGUCGUCGUCGCUGGCAACAACAUGGUUGCUUUCUUUGAGGAAGGCUUCCUCGAGUUGUUUGAGCUCCUUCUUGCGAAGGCGGCGCAUUUCUGGUGUGAGGCCCGACAGCACGGACGCUGUCGGAUCGUAUCGGUGCAUGCCAAGAAUCCCGGACGACUUGUCAAACUUCUUGCUCAGUCGCAUGGGCAAGCAAUUGAGCUUGGCGCUGAGGUACUGGCGCAGCAGAAUUCCAGCCGUGGCGUCUGGCAGGAGGCCGUCUUUGAAGUCGGCCGACAACCGAAGUGUGUACUCCAUCUCAGCGUCUGUCCAUCCCCCGGACCGCCAACUUCGCUUGGACGACGUUGUCGUGUGCAGUCUGGGCUUGCGAACGGAAGCAACGCCUUCGGAAGCUCGGGACGGCGUGUGAGGCAAUGGGGUGAUCGAAGGAACGUCAGGGGUGAUGAGGUAGUCGAUGCGAAGCUUGGGGUGGCAUUGCGGCGGCGACGCGGGAAGGGACGACAACGCGGCAGUCGGGUUCAUCGUGGGCAAUGCUACGGACUGGGUCAGUGCGCGUGUUGUGGGUGGAAAGAGAUUCUAACCUGAUUCAACCGAGUCAACGCCAAGCCAAUGACACUUCAACUUAAUAUGUCGCGCGUCCACUGUGCGAGGUGGCUUUGGCAACUUCAACCUUGUCGAGGUGGCAUGCCACUCUCUUCAUGGAUCUCUUCACUCUCAAUGGCAUAAAAGUCUAUUUGCAUACA